GCGGGGCGGGAAGGCGGCAUGUCCCAGGCGCCCCGGCGGGGCGGGCCGAGCCGAGCCGUACCGAGCCGCGCUGCGCUGAGCCGGGCCGGGGCCGGAGGAUGCUGCGGGCGGGGUGCUGCGCCGCGCUGGCCCGUCGCCACCUGGGCUCGGCGCCGGAGGGGCUGAAGCGGACGCCGCUGGACGCGCUGCACCGGGCCCGCGGCGGGAGGAUGGUACCGUUCGCCGGCUGGAGCCUGCCCGUGCAAUACGGCCGCGGGCACCUCGAGUCGCAUCUGCACACCCGGCGGCACUGCUCGCUGUUCGACGUGUCCCACAUGCUGCAGACGCGGGUGUACGGGCGGGACCGCGUCCGCUUCCUGGAGAGCCUGGUGGUGGGCGACAUCGCCGAGCUGCGCCCGGGACAGGGCACCCUGACACUGCUCACCAACGAGCACGGUGGCAUCGUGGAUGACCUCAUCGUCACCAACACGGUGGAGGACCACCUCUACGUGGUGUCCAACGCAGGCUGUGCUGACAAGGACCGGGCUGUCAUGGAGGGCAGAGCGGCAGAACUGAGGGCGGCCGGUGGCGAUGUGCACCUGGAGGUGUUGGACAACGCACUGCUGGCACUGCAAGGGCCCUCCAUGGCACAGGUGCUCCAGGCCGGGCUGCCAGAUGACCUGACCAAGCUGACCUUCAUGACCAGCACAGCCACCACCGUCUUUGGCGUGCCGGGCUGCCGUGUGACACGCUGUGGCUACACCGGCGAGGACGGUGUGGAGAUCUCAGUGCCCGCAGGACGAGCCGUGGAGCUGGCCGAACGGCUGCUGGGCUGCCCCGAGGUGUGGCCAGCAGGGCUGGCAGCCCGGGACAGCCUGCGCCUGGAGGCCGGGCUCUGCCUCUACGGCAGCGACAUCGAUGAGAGCACCACGCCAGUGGAGGCCGGGCUGCUGUGGACCCUGGGGAAGCGCCGGCGCGCAGCCAAGGACUUCCCCGGUGCAGCCAUCAUCAUGGAGCAGGUGAAGGAGAAGCCAAAGCGGAAGCGCGUGGGGCUGACAUCCGUGGGUCCCCCCCUCCGUCCACCUGCCGCCAUCCUGGGCCCCGAGGGCACACCUGUGGGCACGGUGACCAGCGGCUGCCCCUCGCCCUCCCUGGGCAAGAACAUCGCCAUGGGCUACGUGCAGGCUGCGCACAGCCGCCCCGGCACCACGCUCACCGUUGAGGUGAGGAAGAAGCAGCACCCGGCGCUGGUCACCAAGAUGCCCUUCGUGCCCACACACUAUUACAUGGCCAAGUGAGACCUGCCUCCAUUAAAGCCCCUCGCCCAUC